AUAAACAUGCAUUUGAAUCUCACAUUUUCUUAUAUCACUUAAAUUUGUUCACGGUCUCUACAACUGAAGUGGAGCACAAUGAAAAAGGUAUAGAGGUAGGACUAAAUACGAAAACACAUUGACUAGAUAAAUAAGGCUGAUCAUGAGCUCAGGAGCACUGGAUAGUUUAUGGUUAGAGUGUGUCUGAAAGUAAAAAUCAGAAACUGUGGGGCGAAUCAGCUAGAGAAAUGAAGGGUGUAAUUUCAAUGGUGGCGGUUCAGUUUAUGUUCGCAGGGAUGUUCAUCUUGUUUAAGAUAACGGCCCAUGAUGGUACGAACCUCAAAAUCCUUGUGGCUUAUCGUCUCUCCUUCGCUACUCUUUUCAUGUUUCCCCUCGCCCUCAUCUUCCAAAGGAAGAAGCGGCCAGAAUUUACAUGGAGGCUGCUCUUACUAGCAUCUCUUUCGGGGUUGCUUGGAGCGGCGAUACCAAAUAUUCUCUAUUUGCCGGGUCUGGUUCGAACAUCAGCGACGUUUUCAGCUGCGACCAGCAUAAUUGCCCCAUUGAUCACCUUGGUAUUGGGUUUGGUAUUUAGGAUGGAGACUCUACGGCUGAGAUCGAACGAAGGGAGGGCUAAGCUGGUGGGGACGUUGCUUGGUGCCGGUGGAGUCCUCGUGUUUAUAUUCUAUAAAGGUGUUGAGAUUCAUAUCUGGUCAACACACGUUGACUUACUCAAAAGCUCGAAUGCUGGUCAAUCAUAUGGCCGAGCCACUACGAACCACCACGUCUCAAUCCCAGGGGUUCUUAUGGUUCUUGGCAGUAACGUUUCCACCUCACUUUGGUUACUAUUGCAGGCAAAAAUAGGCAAGGAACUUGGAGGGCUUUACUGGAACACAAGUCUGAUGAAUGCGGUGGGAAGUUUGGUGUGUGUGAUUGGUGCUCUCUGUUCGGAUUGUGACUGGAAGCAAUGGCGGUUAGGAUGGAACAUUACCCUCUUAGCUACACUUUAUUCGGGAAUCGUGGUUUCCGGAAUGGUCGUGCCUCUGGUUGCAUGGUGCAUCGCAACAAAAGGACCAUUAUUUGUUACGGUGUUUAGCCCUAUAAGGCUGGUGAUCGUAGCCCUGAUCGGAUCAAUUGCUUUAGAGGAAACGCUGCAUUUGGGAAGUAUAAUCGGUGCCAUGAUAAUGGUGGGAGGAGUAUACCUAGUGGUAUGGUGUAAAGCGCAGGAAAAGAAGAAUGGCUCUACGAAAUCGGACCAUAUUGUAACAAAUAAGAAUAUCAAAGAAAUGGACCUUGUCAAUCUCCCAGCUAUAAAUAGAGAUGUCCCCUGAAUCCACCAUAUGGUUAGAGCAUCAUAUAUAAUUUGAGUCCAUAGAAAGUAGGAUCGAUAUGUGAAUAUCCAUCCAUAUGAUUGCCUGAAUUGGUGUUAAUUAGCCUUUGUAGUAUCUCUCCAUUUUCAGAGUGACUUCGGUAUUAUA